AGUUGCAAGCUACCCGUUGUGCAACAAGUACAGCAGUCUAAACGUAGCAGCCGGUGGUGCAACAUCAAGGAGCUCCCCAGUUCAAUUAAAGCUUUACUAAAUUUCAGUGUCGCUGUGAAUUUGACAAUUUUACCAUGCAAGAGCUUAUUCUAUACCUCGAUGAGAUGAUUUAAUAUAUUAGUAUACUGCACGAGAAUAAUAAAUAUAAAGGCGGGAGAAAGAAGUAAUUCUCGUAACAGCAACAGGUAACUGUUGAAAAUCUAAGCACGAUGGAUGAGUUUAAUAAGUUAAUGGAACAGAGCAUAGAGCAUAUUACUGAAGAUGUUGAUAAAGUGGACGAGGUAGAUUCCAACGCUUCGGAAGAAGAGCAACCGUUCUCCAGAGGUUGCUCUGUAUCUCCACCGAUUCCGAUAUGUGGAAACUUAGAUUAUUUAGAUUUAUCUAACGAAGCUACAGUGCUCGAAAUCGUCAAUGGGGCUGUCUCCAAAGCUCUUCUUUACCCAAAAGUGGGCUUCUUGGACGAUGAUUCGCGAUCGUUGGAAUCUAAUGCACUCUGCAUUGAUGAAUCUGCUUCUUCUGAAACCGAGGACUCUCCGAACUGUUCGCCUGUAAACCAGCAAACCCAACCCAAUACCACUGAAGAGGCUGAUGAUCAGUUCCUAUUGGACUUAAUUGAUAGGGAUGCUCAGAAGUUAUUGCAUGACACCGAAGUUGAUGCGCAGAAUCAGGUGUCUUCGAUGGAUUCUACACUCAUUGGACCAAUGCCACCUCCAAUUGAUCUAAUGCACAAUGGUACUAUUUGCCCUAAUGUCCAAGGGCCGAUACCUGAGUUUUUGGAUUUCAAUGAAUGGACACUUCCGUGCGAAGAGAACACGCAGGGCAGUAAAAAUGUUGAUGUAUCGAUUUGCUUCAGUUAUUCAAAUUUCGAUGAUUCUUCAAAGAACAAAGCUAUGGACGAUCAAGAGAGGAGGAGGAGGAGGCUCAUCUACGAGUUAACUCAAGAUCCGAACACAUCUGAGCCGAACCCAAACCCAACUCCAUCAACAAGUAUUGCAACUACAAGAAUCACAUAUAAUUUUGUCUGCGCGCAAGGAUCUUCUAACAAACAGAAUGCUUCGACUUUGAAAGCUUGCGCUAUAAUCAAUAAUAAUAUUCUGUCGAAAUAUAACUAUCCAUAUGAGCGGCUUAGGCUUUCCUCAAGAAACCUUGAAAUUGUUGAUGGAAUUAUUUCGAAAUACAUCAAAGAUUGUUUCGGCGAGCAGGAAGAUCUGUUUAGAGAAUCUAGAUGUAUUCAGUACGGUCCGUCGAGAAACUUUAUCAACAUUUCGAUGUACGUCAAUCCUAGGCGCCUGCAUAUGAGGAAUUCUGGAGAACCGAUUUCGUUCUACCAUUUCGAGUCCAACACAGUUGUUCUUCAAUUCCCAUUUCCAAACCACCAUAAUGAUACCGAAAGGCCCAAAAAAGCUAUUAAGAAGAUCCGUCGUUAUCACGCGACUUUCCCAAAGAAUCUCAACAUGCAAAUCGAGAAACGUCACGAGGUAGCACGCAAAUUGGUUGCAAGCAUUUUCGAAAUGGAGAAGAAAGAUGCUUUUGGAGAGAAUAGAAAUUCUGGCAGAGGAGAAAGGAGGAUGUCUAGAAUGCUGGGUCAACCUAUAAAUCUGAGAUUUUCUUUGGCCACUGGCGAAAUCUCUGAAAACACUAAUAUUCCAUUCGAGGCAAAUCAUUGCAUCGAGGAAGUAUUUGAGGAAGGCUUUGAGGAUUCCAUUGAAGAAAUCGGCUUGGACAUCACGUUCAAGGAUAUAGAUGAUGAAAUCGAGGAAAACAUUGCUGUACCAAGUACUUCUGGAGUGUCCAACCUCAGGCAAUCUGCUCAUUUUGUAACUCCGAUGGACGAAGAAGCUAAAUUAAACAUGGAUGUUGCUGCCGACGAUGGAGACGAAAAGUACGAUGAUGCUGCUACAAGCGACGAUGAAA